GGGAGUCGCUGCUGAGGCGGCCGCGGGCGCGGGUCGCGUCGGCGCUGCUCCGCGGGGCCGGGCCGGGCUGGCAGCCGCUGGCUCCUGGCGGUGAGGGCAGGCUCCCGAGGUGGGCGGAAUGGCCCCCACCUAGGGCGGUGGGAGAAGCGGCUGAGCCCAGGAUGCUGGGGAGGCGGCGUGGCGGCUCCUCACUCAUCCCAGAUGUUGAUCGUCUUUAUGAAGUAGAAUCUCCAUGGCCUGAACAUUUUCUGAAAAUCCUUUGGAGCAAAAUAUCUGUUUAGUAGCAAGAUUACCAAAUCAAGAUGGUUGGAAAACUGAAGCAGAACUUACUAUUGGCAUGUCUGGUGAUUAGUUCUGUGACUGUAUUUUACUUGGGCCAACACGCCAUGGAAUGCCAUCACCGAAUAGAGGAACGCAGCCAGCCCCUCAGAUUGGAGAGCGCAAAGACCACUGUGCCAACUGUCCUGGACAUCAAAGCCAAUAAAACCUUUGCCUAUCACAAAGAUAUGCCUUUAAUAUUUAUUGGAGGUGUGCCUCGGAGUGGAACCACACUCAUGAGGGCCAUGCUAGAUGCACACCCUGAUAUUCGCUGUGGAGAGGAAACCAGGGUCAUUCCUCGAAUCCUGGCUCUGAAGCAGAUGUGGUCACGGUCGAGUAAAGAGAAAAUACGCUUGGAUGAGGCUGGUGUCACCGAUGAAGUGCUGGAUUCUGCCAUGCAGGCCUUCUUACUCGAAAUCAUUGUUAAGCAUGGGGAGCCAGCCCCUUAUUUAUGUAAUAAAGAUCCCUUUGCCCUGAAAUCCUUAACUUACCUUGCUAGGUUGUUCCCCAAUGCCAAAUUUCUCCUCAUGGUCCGAGAUGGCCGGGCGUCAGUACAUUCAAUGAUUUCUCGAAAAGUUACUAUAGCUGGGUUUGACCUGAACAGCUACAGGGACUGUUUGACCAAGUGGAAUCGUGCCAUAGAGACCAUGUAUAACCAGUGUAUGGAGGUUGGCUAUAAAAAAUGCAUGUUAGUUCACUAUGAACAACUUGUCUUACAUCCUGAACGGUGGAUGAGAACACUCUUAAAGUUCCUCCAGAUUCCUUGGAACCACUCAGUAUUACACCAUGAAGAGAUGAUUGGGAAAGCUGGGGGAGUAUCUCUGUCAAAAGUGGAGAGAUCUACAGACCAAGUCAUCAAGCCGGUCAAUGUGGGAGCUCUAUCAAAAUGGGUUGGGAAGAUACCUCCAGAUGUUUUACAAGACAUGGCAGUGAUUGCACCUAUGCUUGCCAAGCUUGGAUAUGACCCAUAUGCCAACCCACCUAACUAUGGAAAACCUGAUCCCAAAAUCCUUGAAAACACUAGAAGGGUCUAUAAAGGAGAAUUUCAGCUACCUGAAUUUCUUAAAGAAAAACCUCAGACUGAGCAAGUGGAGUAGCAGAGCCAGGAACCUCUUCACAUACGUGAGGGAAGGCUGCUGCCUUUUCAACGGCAGAGAAAUUUCUAGGGCUGGCUGCCCCUGCUGAGGUCAGCGGAGGCUCUGUGCCGUGACCCGCAUCUCCUGUUCAUUCUCCAGUCUCCUCCCGCUCAGCGGGCGGGAGGUCAGCACACCUCUGGACCAUCCCGAGUGACCUGCUUCCCGAGUGCAGCGCUCUUGAUCCUGACCCGCGCCCAGCCCCGCGGGUCAGGAGCCCAGGGCGACGUGCGCUUUCUGUUAACACUGCUCUGGUCCUCAUCGUUUCUUCCCAGGUUCCAAGCUUCGUUUUCAAGGGGAGGGUUUUAAAAUGGGUUUCUGUAAGCAAAAUUGGGCAGUUUCGUCUUGGAAUAGGUUGUCUGUACAUGUUCUAAUGUUUUGUAGAACACUUGUACCUGUUUAAAUGUAUUGAUGUGGGUAAUAUUAAAUCUUAAUUAUUUAAAUAAUUCAUUGUAUUAUUUCCGAGAAGUUGAGGGAUUAUCUCAUACAUUUACAACUUGAUGACUUUUGUAUUUUAUUUUUCAAAAUAAAAGCUUUAAAUGUGAA